AUGUCAACUUCGUCUGCUAAUCCUGAGACUAGCCGGCCAUCAGGGCCUCAGACUCUAGACUCGUCAUUACCGAAGCCGGUGAUCAUUGGCCUAUACGGAGUACCAGGAUGCGGAAAGUCAUAUUUACUCAAAGAACUAAAACGACAACUCAUCGCAGAAUCAUUUGAUUUUUAUGAGGGCUCCGAGGUGAUCAGUUCUCUUGUUCCAGGAGGCCUUGACGCUUUCAAGAAAUUUAAAAACUCUGAAAAGGAGCAUUAUCGUAAGCUUGCCAUCGACCACAUUGCACAGAGCUGCUCUAUAGCAGGACGUGUCGGAGUUGUUUCCGGGCACUUCAUGUUCUGGGAAGAGGGCGAACAUGGUGGACAGAUAGUGUGUACACAAAAGGAUUUGGAAGUGUACACACACAUUCUCUACUUGAAUAUCAACCCCGAACUUAUUUCGAUAUAUCGGUCGGGCGACACUGGAAGAGCUCGCCCAUUAGUUUCUGUCGAACACUUAUGCAAAUGGCAAGAAGCCGAGAAGACUCAACUGCGUCAACUCUGCUACGACAAUGGCAUUUUAUUUUCGUCGAUAUCCCCGAAAGUGUGGCUACCUCUCUCCAAGAUCUCGAUAUUGAUACGAGACUUCCAGUCCCAUACAGCAAAUAUGAAUCUUGCCCGCGCCACAGACAAGCUAGACGACAUCCUUGCGAAGGAUGCACAUCAACUGCAUACAAUGCUAGUACUGGACGCCGAUAAAACAUUAGUUGCAGAGGAUACUGGAACGCUGUUUUGGGAAAUAGCUUCGAGGCGUCAUCCAGAGCUCGCAAACGAUGUAGCACUGAAGACAAUAUUCAGCAGCAAAUUGGGGUAUUCCUAUUCCGCUUUUCGGCAAGCUGCCCUGCUAUACGAAGAGAGCUUUCGUGAUGAUGCGUUUGACCUUCUCUGUGAGAUGGUAGCAGCAUCGGUGACUCUACGGCCAGAAUUUAGAUCACUUUUGCAGAGGGUGAAGGAGGAUAAUCACGUUGGCGCUUUAGUUGUUACUUGUGGUCUACGGCAGAUAUGGGAUAAGAUCCUCCGAAUAGAAGGUCUAUCCGGAGCAGUGAAGGUUAUCGGCGGAGGACGUAUCUCGGAUGGCUUUGUCGUUACCCCAGAGGUCAAGGCUUCCCUAGUUCUUCAUCUCCGAUCAACCUACGGACUCCAUACUUGGGCCUUUGGGGACAGCCCACUAGAUUUGGCGAUGCUCGUUCAAGCGAAUAAAGCUGUCGUUAUAGUUGGCGAAGAGAAAUCGAGAAGCAAGUCGAUGGAUACAGCUUUACUAAAGGCCAUUGACAAUGGCCUUCAAGCUUACCAGGAUCUGUUGCCCAGAAAUGUCCCAUCACGACUGGAUACCAGAAAACUCCCCUUGGUAAACAUUUACGACCCAAAGUUUAUCGAUUCCAUCUUCUCCGGCCCCUUGAAUAACAAUAGCCACGAACUCCGUCUAGUGCACGCUACAGAGAAGCGGUCUGCCAAAUUAUUAAUGACACCUAUGCGCAAUGCAAUGGUUGCUGGUCACAACCUCAGAGAAGCUCACCAAAACGCUGGGUGGUACUUGGCAACUGAAUUCUUAUCGGAGCUUGUCGGCGUCGAAGAGUACCCCAUAGAUCAUGUCCAGGGCAAUAAGACAAGCGGCCAUCGGCUUCGCCACGAGCAAGAUACCCUAAUCGUCCCGUUGAUGCGUGGUGGUGAAGCCAUGGCUUUUGGUGUUAGUCGAGCCAUCCCCCUCGCCCGAUUUGUCCACGCAAGCCGCCCGGACGACAUCAAGGCUGACCAUCUUCACAAUAUCCGCACCGUAGUCUUAGUCGACUCGGUUAUCAAUAACGGCGGCACGAUCGUAGAAUUUACACGGUACGUGCGAAAGCUCAGCAGUGGAGUCCGCGUCGUAGUAAUCACUGGGGUUGUUCAGGGGAAGUCGAUCUCUCCAGGUGGUCAAGUAUCGGAGUACGCUCGCGAGGCAGGGCUGGAACUCAUAGCCCUGCGCGUUUCGGACAACAAGUACACGGGAAGCGGCGGCACUGAUACGGGCAAUCGUCUCUUCAACACGACGCAUCUUUCGAGAUAG